UCUCUGCUAGUUUCCACCCUAGGACUUCUUAGCCCCUGGAAUGCGAGAGAGAGAGGCUCAGGGGAGUUCCUGUUGUAGGGCAUAGAGGUACCUUCCGGCAAGGCCUGGAAGCAAAAGAGAUUCCUAGUUGGAGGAGCUGUUGGAAGCCACCGGGGAGCCACUGGUGGGGACCUUUCUAGGGUCCUGUUCCCUCCGUGGGGUGCUAUGGAGUUCCCAGACCACAGCCAGCAGCUGCUGCAGAGCCUGCGAGAGCAGCGAUCCCAGGGUUUCCUUUGUGACUGCACCGUAAUGGUGGGUAGCACCCAGUUCCUGGCCCAUCGGGCCGUGCUCGCUUCCUGCAGCCCUUUCUUCCAGCUUUUCUACAAAGAGCGGGAACUGGACAAGAGGGAUCUGGUGUGCAUCCACAAUGAGAUUGUCACGGCCCCAGCCUUUGGUCUGCUUCUGGACUUUAUGUAUGCUGGCCAGCUGGUUCUGAGGGGGGACACCCCUGUGGAAGAUGUGCUGGCAGCUGCCAGCUACUUGCACAUGAAUGACAUCGUUAAAGUGUGUAAGCGGCGGCUGCAAGCCCGGGCCCUGGCAGAGGCAGACAGUACCAAGAAGGAGGAGGAAACAAACUCACAGCCCCCUAGUUUGGAGUUUUUGUCCACUUCCCGCGGCCCCCAGCCUUCGUUGGCAUCUGCUGAGACAUCAGGCCACUGGGGCAAAGGGGAAUGGAAAAGCCCUCCAGCUCCCUCACCAACUGUCUGUCCUCCAGAUGAGCCACCAGUGCCCGGUGGGGCUGACACUACGCAGCCUGGCGUGGAGGUUGACUCACCACAUCUACAGGCACCUCCUCCACCAGUAGCUGAUGUCUCUCUUGCCAGCCCCAGUAGCUCCACGGAGACCAUCUCUGCAAACUACUUCUCUUCUAGCCUGCCAGCAGUUUCAGUGGAGCCACUGGCCCCCCUUGAUGUGGGUACUGAGAGUCUGAGGAUGGUAGAACCGAGGGGUGCUGGAGGACCAUUGCCAGGCUUCUAUCCUCCAGCUGCAGCAGCAGCCCCAGUCCCAGCCCCAGCCCCAGCCCCAGCGGAAGCUGAGCUGGUCCAGGUGAAAGUAGAAGCUAUUGUGAUUUCUGAUGAGGAGCCCGAUGUGUCAGAGGAGCAGCCUCAGGGUGUUGAGGGACUAUUCCCAGCCGGAGGAGCAGUGUAUGGCGGACAGCCCCCUCAGCCAGAGACUUUCGAGGAGCCAAGAGCAGUGGGACUGGAAGAGGUGGGGCCAAGUGAUCAUUUCCUGCCCCCAGAUCCUCACCUCCCCUACCACUUGCUGCCAGGUCCAGGGCAGUACCAUCGAGGACUGGUGACAUCGCCCCUGCCUGCUCCCCCAGCCCUGCAUGAGCCACUUUACCUGCCUUCUGAAUAUGAAGCAACUCCAGGAAGUUUUGGGGUUUUUACUGAGGAUGUGCCCACUUGCAAGACAUGUGGGAAGACCUUCUCAUGUUCUUACACACUAAGGCGACAUGCCACAGUGCACACUCGCGAACGACCAUACGAGUGCCGCUACUGCCUGCGCAGCUACACACAGUCAGGGGACCUAUAUCGUCACAUCCGCAAGGCUCACAAUGAGGACCUGGCCAAACGCAGCAAACCAGAUCCAGAGGCUGGCCCCCUCCUAGGUGUGCAGCCCCUGCAUAGCUCCCCUACAGCAGACAAACAGAACAACAGCGCUGGAGGGCCACCCAAAGAUUUUGUACUUGGCCCCAAAAACUGACAUCUGCAGGAGCAUCAUAAGCUGACGCUAGAGCUGCUCUUGCCUCAUCAGGGGGCAGCGUAGGUUAGAAACCUCUCAUUUCCCCUGCUGGGGGCGCAGAAUGAACAUCCUGCCCUGGCUGAAGAUUCACCCCGUUUUUGCUUUACACAGCCAGACAGCAGGACUCUUGGCGCAGUGCAUCUCAGUCCGCUCCUCUCUACGGGCACUGGGAAUUUUUCUGAGGUGUAAUCACUUCUCACUCUGCCUUCUGGGCCAUAAAGCUAGCAGUGAAAAUA